CUCCCGGAAGAAGGGAGGGUGAGAGGAGCAGGAACAUGGCGCCCCCCGGCCCGUCCCCCGGCGGCUCCGGAGAGGUGGACGAGCUGUUUGACGUGAAGAACGCCUUCUACAUCGGCAGCUACCAGCAGUGCAUCAACGAGGCGCAGCGGGUGAAGCUGUCGAGCCCCGAGCGAGAGGUGGAGAGAGAUGUCUUCCUGUAUAGGGCGUACCUGGCCCAGCGCAAGUUUGGCGUGGUCCUGGAUGAGAUCAAGGCUUCAUCGGCCCCCGAGCUGCAGGCCGUGCGCGUGCUGGCCGAAUACCUUGCCAGUGAAAGCCGGCGCGAUGCCAUCGUGGCUGAGCUGGACCGAGAGAUGGCCAAGAGCGUGGACGUGGCCAACACCACCUUCCUCCUCAUGGCCGCCUCGGUCUACCUGCACGACCAGAACCCGGACGCGGCCCUGCGCGCCCUGCACCAGGGCGACAGCCUCGAGUGCAUGGCCAUGACGGUGCAGAUCUUGCUGAAGCUAGACCGCCUGGACCUUGCCCGGAAGGAGCUGAAGAAAAUGCAGGACCAGGAUGAAGAUGCCACGCUCACGCAGCUGGCCACCGCCUGGGUCAACUUGGCUGUGGGCGGGGAGAAGCUGCAGGACGCAUACUACAUAUUCCAGGAGCUGGCCGACAAGUGCUCCGCCACCCUGCUGCUGCUCAACGGCCAGGCGGCCUGCCACAUGGCCCAGGGGCGCUGGGAGGCCGCCGAGGGCGUGCUGCAGGAGGCGCUCGACAAGGACAGCGGCCACCCGGAGACGCUGAUUAACCUGAUUGUCCUGUCGCAGCACCUGGGCAAGCCGCCAGAGGUGACAAACCGCUACCUGUCACAACUGAAGGAUGCGCACAGGACCCACCCCUUCAUCAAGGAGUACCAGGCCAAGGAACAUGACUUUGACCGACUGGUGCUGCAGUACGCGCCCAGCGCCUGAGGCCUGGAGCCCCAGCGGCCUUCACCCCACUCCCC